AUGGACCCUAUCACCGUCGCCUCUAUAUUCUGCGAGUCGCUAUUUUACGGUGUAUACUGCGUCGUAGUGCUUGCUGUGUUAUACAUUCUCUUCACCGCCAGAGACCUGCUUAUAUCACACAAGAUCCUUUUCUUGAUUUCGAUCACCACAUUCUUGCUCGCCACCGUCCAUAUUGUCCUGGCUUUAAUAACAGAUAUACAAGUCACACCUAGUAUACACUACACACAGGCUGAAGUAGCCAUUGCUCAAUUUGAGGGCCUCCUAGGCGACUCCGUCAUCAUAUGGAGGGUCUGGGUUGUGUGGAAAAGGAGUUUGUAUGUAGUUGCAUUACCUAUUGCGGCUACCAUCGCUGCAUUCGUUGUCGGAAUCUUAUCUGCCGCAUCCCUUACAUCUGGAACUACGCUUCGCGAAGUUCUACCCGUGCCUACGGGAAGUCUCGCGAUUGUCAACACCGCAUUGUGCACUGGACUAAUUGCUGGAAGGCUUGUAUAUCUGGAAUGGCGUAUGAACCAACUCAUGGGCUCGAGGUCCUACACGAGCGUGUCGUAUAGAAAAGUAAUCCUUGUUGUACUUGAGUCCGGCGCUGUAUUAGUUACCUCUAAUAUCAUUGCUAUGAUUCUCGAGAAGCUCGGAAACCCUGGCGAGCACGUAGUACUAAACAUCUUGUCACCUCUACUUGGCAUAGCUCCAACCCUCAUUGUUGUUCUCGCGCACCUGGACAUCGUCAUUGGAAACCACGCCAAUGAACGAUAUGCAGAAAGUAUCAGCAUCAGCUUCGCAGGACGUACCAUUGAUCGGACGUUUGAUACUGACCAUUCUGCGUCUACAAAGAAGGCUAAAGUCGUCACCACCAUCAGUAUUGUCCAGGAUCGGCGGUCCGACACUGGAGAAUACGAGAUGGACUACGAUAAUUCACGAAACGGGAGCCUUGGGGCCAUGCAUUUCAGCUCGCGCGGUGAAGCUGAAAGCAAAGUCUCGAUGGUUUGACCUACCCCGCCGUUCUU